UGCGAUCGUGUUCAUUUCCGACCUCUAAUUAGGCCACACACCGACAUCACCCUGGGGCAUUGCUCCUACCUCAACACAUGUUACUCCGAGCCCACGUACGCUCAAUCACCUUCUAUACCUCCGUUCCCAGGCUCGGCCCACAGAAGAGGGAAGGAGAAGGCUCCAUGCAGAUACCUGCAUUACGAAGUGGAUUGGGAUGGGGGUGAUGGGGAAUGGAGUAAAAGUGCGGGAGAGAAAUCUGUGAAGCAGGUACAUAAGCUGGGCAUUGGGAUGGGUCCAGCAGGGAAAGAGACGCCCAUACUUCCUCCACAAUGGAUCAAUUGCGACCUUCGACGAUUCGAUUACUCUGUGCUAGGAAAGUUUCACGUCAUCAUGGCUGAUCCCCCAUGGGACAUCCACAUGAGUUUACCCUACGGAACGAUGACGGAUGACGAGAUGCGUGCGAUGCCAAUUCCUACCCUCCAGGACGAAGGCCUCCUUUUCCUUUGGGUCACGGGCCGCGCGAUGGAAGUUGGGCGCGAAUGUUUACGCGUAUGGGGCUACACGCGCGUUGACGAAGUCGUCUGGGUCAAAACCAAUCAGCUACAACGCGUGAUUCGGACAGGACGCACGGGACAUUGGUUGAACCAUACAAAGGAACACAUGCUUGUCGGUAUCAAGACCGUCACUGACGCAUCAGGGGCACUCAAGUUCCCCUCGUGGGUUAACCGCGGGCUUGAUACGGAUGUAAUUGUGUCUGAAGUCCGGGAGACGAGUAGAAAACCGGAUGAAGUCUAUGGCUUGAUCGAGAGGAUGUGUCCAGGCGGAAGAAAGGUUGAGAUUUUUGGGCGAAAACAUAACACUAGACCAGGAUGGUUAACGUUGGGCAACCAACUGGGUCCAGAUCAGAUCUAUGAGGAAGAUCUAGCUGCUAGAAUCAAGGCCAAGUGA